UUGUAUAUUCUUCAGCAUAAACUUCUUUAACCAAUAACAAUGAUUUCAAUUAUUUUUUAAUAUUUCAAAGCCACUGGUUAUAAUGUGUGACAUUAUUAGGGGGAGGAUAACAAAAAAAGCAGAUCACAAAAUUUAUUAUGAUUAUAUCUUUUUUAAUUUAUUUUUUAUUUUAUUUUCUUCUUCUUCUUUUAUUAUAAUAUAUAAAAUGGCUAAAGAACCUAGCAAGAGAACAACAUCAAAAAAACCCUCCCCUUAUAAUGUUUUCAUGAAGACUGAGAUUUCUAAGGUCAAGAAAGAAAACCCUGGAAUGUCACAUAAGGAUGUAAGUAUUUGUUAGAUAUCUACUGUAUAUAUUGGUGUGUAAGUUUUAUGAUUAACAUGUGCUUUUUAUUUUCAUCUAUAGGCUUUUAAGAAAGCUGCUACUAACUGGGCUACUUCCUCUGAUAAUCCAAAGAAUAAAAAAU